AUCAGCUGAUCGACAGUGUUACAAAUAAGAACAAUACAAAUAGGCGAAAAUACUUAAAUAUUAUGUUUAUUCCACUAUUUUGGACGGUCUUGGCCCUUCCAAUAAUAGUGUUUAUCUUAUUCAUUUCCCUACGGCAAUGGCUUCUGUCUCGAAAACAAAAAUUGCGUUCCUCCGCAGAUAAGAAUGUAGUCCAUGUCGGCAUAUUUCAUCCGUAUUGCAAUGCAGGCGGCGGUGGAGAACGCGUCUUGUGGUGUGCUAUACGAGCAUUGCAGAAUAAAUAUGACAACAUUAAGCUUAUAAUCUAUACAGGUGACAUUGAAACAUCACCAAAUGCCAUUCUACAGAAAGCGAAAAAUGUAUUCAACAUAUCGCUGGAUAAUGAUAAUAUAAGUUUUGUAUUUUUAAAACACCGACAUUGGAUUGAAGCCAAGAAAUAUCCUCAUUUUACGUUAUUGGGGCAAAGUAUUGGAUCAAUGCUUCUCGGUUUUGAAGCGCUAUGCAAAUUCCCACCGGAUAUUUUUAUAGAUACCAUGGGCUACGCCUUUACAUAUCCUCUAUUUCGAUUCCUUGCAAAAUCAAAAAUAGGCUGCUAUGUCCAUUAUCCAAUAAUUAGCACAGAUAUGUUGAGAAAGGUUCAAUUUCGUCAAUCGGCUCACAACAAUAAAGCUUAUGUGGCAAGAAAUCCGUUCCUUACAUGGAUGAAGCUGGUUUAUUAUCGCUUGUUUUCAAAGAUGUAUCAAUGGACUGGCCGUUGCUCUGAUACAAUUAUGGUUAAUUCGACAUGGACGGAAAACCAUAUACUAGAGAUUUGGGAUGUACCGUUUAAGACGCAUCGUGUCUAUCCACCCUGUGAAGUUAAGCGUUUGAAACAACUUGAGCGUGAGGAUAACAAUGAUGACAUUAUUAUAUUAUCUGUUGGACAAUUUCGUCCAGAGAAAGACCAUCCGUUGCAGUUACAAGCGAUGUAUGAACUGAGGACAUUGUUGGCCCAUGACGAAGCUCUGUGGAAUAAAAUACAGUUAAUCAUUGUCGGAUCUUGUCGUAAUGAAGAAGAUUAUGAACGGCUGAAAAACAUGGAGGAUCUGUCAAAGCAUUUGUCCCUCGAACGUUCGGUUCAAUUCAAAGUCAAUGUUCCCUACGAUGAUCUAUUAAAGCUAUUUCAACGAUCGAAAAUUGGCCUGCAUACCAUGUGGAAUGAGCAUUUCGGCAUUGGAAUUGUGGAAUGCAUGGCAGCUGGUCUUAUAAUGAUAGCGCACAGGUCUGGUGGUCCCCUAUUAGAUAUUAUUGAAGCUUCAGAAGGUUCCCAAAAUGGAUAUCUUGCAAUAGACGCUGUUGAAUACGCUGAAAACAUUCUACACAUUGUUGUCAAUUCGUCCGAAAAUAAUGCAAAUGUUCGUCAAGCGGCAAGAUCGUCAGUUGAGCGAUUUUCUGAAAAGGAAUUCGAAACAAACUUCUUGCGUGCUGUUUCCGUUUUAUUUUCCAAAAGUAACCUAGAAUAAAGUAUUAAUUUGCUGAAACCCAA